AGUGUCCUGACAGGGCACAACCACUACGUGAUGUGUGCCCAGUUCCACCCCUCGGAGGACCUGGUGGUGUCUGCCAGCCUGGACCAGACCGUGAGGGUUUGGGAUAUCUCUGGCCUGAGGAAGAAGAACCUGUCCCCUGGAGCCGUGGAGUCGGAUGUCAGGGGGAUCACGGGCGUGGAUUUGUUCGGGACGACGGACGCAGUGGUGAAGCACGUCCUGGAGGUACAGCCCCAGCCUGGGUGGGCAGCACAGCCCCUGCAGAUGCCUGGGCUGAGCUGUGCUGGUGGCUGGAGACAGCUCAGGAGGGUCUGGGAGUGAUUUUUCCUCCUCCUUUCCCCCCUCUGGUCAGAGUCCAAGGCCUGGGAGGUGGACACGUGCCGGGGCCACUACAACAACGUGUCGUGCGCCGUGUUCCACCCGCGGCAGGAGCUGAUCCUCAGCAACUCCGAGGACAAGAGCAUCCGGGUCUGGGACAUGUCCAAGCGGACCGGCGUCCAGACCUUCCGGCGCGACCACGAUCGCUUCUGGGUGCUGGCCGCCCAUCCCAACCUCAACCUCUUUGCCGCAGGCCACGACGGGGGCAUGAUCGUGUUCAAGCUGGAGCGGGAGCGCCCCGCCUACGCCGUGCAUGGGAACAUGCUCUACUACGUCAAGGACCGCUUCCUCCGCCAGCUGGACUUCAACAGCUCCAAGGACGUGGCUGUCAUGCAGCUCAGAAGUGGCUCCAAGUUCCCCGUGUUCAACAUGUCCUACAACCCUGCUGAGAACGCCGUCCUGCUGUGCACUAGAGCCAGCAACCUGGAGAACAGCACUUACGACCUCUACACCAUUCCCAAGGAUGCUGACUCCCAAAAUCCGGAUGGUGGGUGUUCCCUGGGGGCAGGAGAUUUCCUGAUCCUCAUCAAAAACCUGAAGAACGAGAUCACAAAGAAGGUGCAGGUGCCCAACUGUGAUGAGAUUUUCUACGCUGGCACCGGGAACCUUCUGCUGCGCGACACCGACUCCAUCACCCUCUUCGACGUGCAGCAGAAACGGACUCUGGCCUCGGUGAAGAUCUCCAAGGUGAAGUACGUGAUCUGGUCGGCCGACAUGUCCCACGUGGCCCUGCUGGCCAAGCACGCCAUCAUGAUCUGCAACAGGAAACUGGAGUCUCUCUGUAACAUCCACGAGAACAUCCGUGUCAAGAGCGGGGCCUGGGACGAGAGUGGGGUCUUCAUCUACACCACGAGCAACCACAUCAAAUACGCCGUGACCACGGGGGACCACGGGAUCAUCCGCACCCUGGACCUGCCCAUCUACGUGACGAGGGUGAAGGGGAACAACGUGUACUGCCUGGACAGGGAGUGCCGGCCCCGCGUCCUCACCAUCGACCCCACCGAGUUCAGGUUCAAGCUGGCACUGAUCAACAGGAAGUACGAUGAGGUGCUGCACAUGGUGAGGAAUGCCAAGCUGGUGGGCCAGUCCAUCAUUGCCUACCUGCAGAAGAAGGGCUACCCAGAGGUGGCCCUGCACUUUGUCAAGGACGAGAAGACCCGUUUCAGCCUGGCCCUGGAGUGUGGCAACAUCGAGAUUGCUCUGGAAGCAGCCAAAGCUCUGGAUGACAAGAACUGCUGGGAGAAGCUGGGAGAGGUGGCCUUGCUGCAGGGCAACCACCAGAUCGUGGAGAUGUGCUACCAGCGCACCAAGAACUUCGACAGGCUCUCCUUCCUCUACCUCAUCACGGGCAACCUGGAGAAGCUGAGGAAGAUGAUGAAGAUUGCCGAGAUCCGUAAGGACAUGAGUGGGCACUACCAGAACGCCUUGUACCUGGGGGACGUGGCAGAGAGAGUGAGGAUCCUGAAGAACUGUGGGCAGAAGUCCCUGGCCUAUCUCACAGCUGCCACUCACGGUCUGGAUGAGGAAGCUGAAAGCCUGAAGGAAACCUUUGAUCCUGAGAAGGAGACGAUCCCGGACAUCGAUCCCAACGCGAAGCUGCUGCAGCCUCCUGCUCCUGUCAUGCCUUUGGACACCAACUGGCCACUGCUGACUGUCUCCAAGGGCUUCUUUGAGGGGACAAUUGCCAGCAAAGGCAAAGGAGGUGCUUUGGCCGCCGACAUCGACAUCGACACCGUGGGCACCGAGGGCUGGGGAGAAGAUGCAGAGCUGCAGCUGGAUGAAGAUGGUUUUGUGGAUGCUGGAGAGGGCUUUGGAGAGGAAGGUCUGGGGAAAGGGCAGGAAGAAGGAGGUGGAUGGGAAGUGGAAGAAGAUUUGGAUCUUCCCCCUGAACUGGAUGUUCCCUCUGGUCCAGCAGGAGCAGCAGAGGAUGGAUUCUUUGUGCCUCCCACCAAGGGCACCAGCCCAGCCCAGGUGUGGUGCAACAAUUCCCAGCUGCCUGUUGACCACAUCCUGGCAGGCUCCUUUGAGACAGCCAUGAGACUGCUCCAUGACCAGGUGGGAGUGACCAACUUUGGGCCCUACAAGCAGCUGUUCCUGCAGACCUUUGCCCGGGGCCGGACGACCUACCAGGCGCUGCCCAGCCUGCCGGCCAUGUACGGGUUCCCACACCGCAACUGGAAAGAAGCCGGCCUGAAAAACGCCCUCCCCGCCGUGGGGCUGAAGCUCAACGACCUGAUCCAGCGGCUGCAGCUCUGCUACCAGCUCACCACCGCCGGCAAGUUCGAGGAGGCCGUGGAGAAGUUCCGCUCCAUCCUGCUCAGCGUCCCCUUGCUGGUGGUGGACAACAAGCAGGAGAUCGCCGAGGCCCAGCAGCUCAUCGCCAUUUGCCGGGAAUACAUCGUGGGGCUCUCCAUGGAGAUCGAGCGGAAGAAGCUGCCCAAGGAGACCCUGGAGCAGCAGAAGCGGAUUUGUGAGAUGGCUGCCUACUUCACCCACUCCAACCUGCAGCCCGUGCACAUGAUCCUGGUGCUCCGAACCGCCCUCAACCUCUUCUUCAAGCUCAAGAACUUCAAGACCGCGGCGACUUUCGCCCGGAGGCUGCUGGAGCUGGGCCCCAAGCCCGAGGUGGCCCAGCAGACGCGCAAGAUCCUGUCGGCGUGUGAGAAGAGCCCCACGGACACCCACCAGCUCAACUAUGACAUGCACAACCCCUUCGACAUCUGCGCCGCCUCCUACAGACCCAUCUACCGCGGCAAGCCCGUGGAGAAGUGUCCUCUCAGCGGGGCCUGCUACUGCCCUGAGUUCCACGGGCAGAUCUGCCGCGUCACCACGGUGACGGAGAUCGGCAAGGACGUCAUCGGGCUGCGCAUCAGCCCUCUGCAGUUCCGUUAGGAAUUCCUGCCUGGGAGGGCAACUUCCACUCCCCCAUCCCCACCUGGAGCCUCAUCUCUCCCCCAUAGCUUUGCCUGUGCUGUCCCACUUGAUCCCCCCCCAGGAAUGCUGUAGUGAGACUCUGCUUCCAAGUAGUAGCAGCUUUGCCUUGUUUCCAGACCGGCUGAUGUGACGUUUUUCUGGACUGUUGUCCUGUGGCAAAUCUUUUCCAGAGGGGAAAGGGCGGCUCUGCCGAGCCCUGGUUACCACAGAGCACGUUGGAAACUGCUCCAGAGGCAGCAGCUGCCUCUGACACCCUUUAGGUCCUGAAAGAAUUGCUUGGAAGAGCCAGGAAUGGCUCUGGGAAUGUGGCACUGUCGGGAACCGGGAGGGUGCAAAGCCCAUCCCAACUCCAGGGCAGUUCUCCCCCCUUGGAAAUGGCAUUGGCUCAACAUUUGUGGUCGUGGUGACUCUUUGUUUUGUUGCCCUGGUAACAUUUCUCAAACUAAUCAGCUUCACUCAUGAAUAAAGUAAUUAAACCAC